AUUCUGUCAAAGUGGAGGUGCUUCACAGAAAUACUUCUUUUAGAAGUGAGAAUGAAACGCUAAGUAGAUCCCAAAAUCUGACAGGCAGCUUGCAGAGAAUAACCUCAACAAAAAAGGAGGUGAAGCCAACAACAGCUAAAACCAAUUCGGUGACUGCAGUGAAACCAUCGACAGCAAAAGGGGAUUCUCCGACGUAUGUGCUCUCUCGGGCGGUGACUGCUAGUCCGGUGUCUCAAAUGGAUGUUGAUGCUUCUGAAGACACUAAAAUUGAGGAAGAGGAUCUCCUCACGGGUUUGAAAGACACGCUAAAUAGUUCACCACCCCUCAUAAAAGAAACUAUGGAGUCAGAUGUAGGAGAUGACUAUGGUCCUUAUGAAAUGACAGCGAAUUCCAGAUACAACCCAGACCUUCUAGAACUGCCAGAUGAUGAUGACUCUGACGCCAUCAGUAAUUACAAUGAGGAGAUCAAGACCCUUGAUGAGAAGAUAAAAGAUGUUUCUGUCACAGGGUUGGAAGAAGAAGAAGACAGCCAUUUCUUUUUUCAUCUGGUUGUAGUUGCCUUCUUAGUAGCUGUUGUUUAUGUCACUUACCAUAAUAAGAGGAAGAUCUUCUUGUUGGUCCAGAGCCGAAGAUGGAGGGACGGCCUGUGCUCUCGGACGGUAGAAUAUCAUCGCUUAGAUCAAAACGUGAACGAAGCAAUGCCUUCCCUGAAAAUAACUAAUGACUAUGUCUUUUGAAAGCACUGUGAUUUGAGUUUCCUGAACUUAGCACUCUUUGCCUGCCUAGUCAUGUAAUGAUAUUCAGGUAUCCUAAAUAUGCUGCUUGUACUGAAAUGAGAUGUACUCUCUUUGACCUGGGUGGUUUUGAGAUUAAAUCUCAUGGAAGAUCAAGGGCGUGAUACAUCUGUUUGCUACUUUGGUCAGGUUUUAUAUCAACUGUAAAGAUACAGAGUUUAAUAAUUAGUGCUCUUUCCAU